AUGAACGCAAUAACUAAGUCCGUAAAUGUUACUUAUUUUCUGAGAGCAUCUACUACUGCUGUGUCAAAUGGAUCAUCAUGUAUUGUCACAGUAAAUAAGGGCAAGAAAGAAAAAGUUACGAGUGUUCCUUCUAUUACUCCGAAAACCUCCUACACUCUUGCUCAAAAUAGUUAUACUGGGCCUAUCCGCAUUAGCUCUGGACCCGCAGUGAGCACUCAAAUUUCUCAGCACCGUUUGGCUCAUACCGAUAUUCGAGUACCAAGUUUUGAUAAUUAUCGAAAAGAUAUUUCAAAAGAUCCAACUGCCAACACACGAGGAAAUGCGCCUGAGAAAGAAAAUAUUGCAUAUGCCGUUGCAGCUGGUACUGGCUUAGCUACGGCAUAUGGAGCAAAGAGUGUAGUUCAAAGUCUUGUCCUAAGUAUGGCACCUUCUGCAGAUGUUUUAGCUGUUUCCAAAAUUGAAGUGAAACUAUCUAACAUUCCAGAAGGACAAAGUAUGGUUUUCAAAUGGCGAGGAAAACCUCUAUUUAUUCGUCAUCGGUAAGAUUAAAAAGUAUUUGAGUAUUAAUAAAAUUAAUACAUUUGAAUCUCGCCAUAAAACGAUUAGUUUCUUUCUCAGAUUAUAAUGAUACCUGACUUAUAAAAGAGAUAGCGCAUAGUUUAUAAUGAGGUUCAAUUGUAUUUUUGUUUUCUUUUCUUUAUAAAUGCACGGCAUUGAUUUUGUUGAUUGAUAAUAGUACACUAAUGUGAUACUGACGUUAACCAUCAUCUUAAAAUUUUCAAUUUUUUUUUUAUUAAAAUCAAUUA